AUGACAGAACUCAUCCGAGACACGGCUUUUGGCCAUCUGCUACGCUUCGUCUCGAGAGGGAAACUAUUACAGGUGAGAGGCAACUGAAACUACCGUUUAUUGAACCAAUUCUAAUAUCGCAUACAGUUCGAGGAGGAGAGAGAUCCUUCGUUGUACACUCGCUUCAUCGAUGAGAAGAAAUCCGGCUACCUUGCGCAUCAUGGUGAUACCAAUCCACCUGAGGAUGGGAACGAACCAGAAACUCUAGGUGGUGUCAGGACGAGAGAAGACCAGUAUGCACUCGAGACACCACCAAGACAAUCGCAAGCACACCGCUCUUCCUCCGAACAGACGCGAGUUGACGAUGGAAACUCCAACAUCAAUCACGUUUCCGGCGUCAAGGUCGAUCCAGAAAAGGGCAGAGACAGACAUCUGGUGUCAUGGUGGGGGGAGAACGAUGCAGAGAACCCGCAGAACUGGUCUACCAUGAAGAAGACCUUCGUCACAUUCGAGAUCUGUCUCUUGACUACCUCCGUGUACAUUGGCAGCUCCAUCUAUUCGGCCGGCGAAGAGAGCGUCAUGGCGACAUUUGGCGUGAGCCAAGUCGCCGCCACGCUCGGUCUGUGUCUCUUCGUCGCUGGUUAUGGACUUGGACCGAUGAUUUGGUCGCCCAUGUCCGAGAUUCCUCAGAUUGGCCGCAACCCCAUAUAUCUCGGAACCCUAUGCGUCUUUGUCGCAUUCCAGGCACCGACUGCGCUUGCUUCCAACUUCGGAAUGCUUUUGGCCUUUCGAUUCCUGACGGGUUUCUUUGGCUCUCCUGUGCUGGCUACGGGAGGUGCUUCGUUGGCGGAUAUCUGGAGCCCCAAGAAGCGAGCGUAUGCCAUGUCUAUCUGGGGUGUUGCUGCAGUUUCCGGUCCAACAUUGGGACCUUUAAUCGGAGGAUUCGCCGUCCAGUAUGGUGGAACGAACAACACGAUUACUGCGCCCUGGGCUUGGCCGAUCUGGGAACUCAUGUGGUUGUCCGCUUUCUGCCUGGUGUUCCUCUUUUUCUUGCUGCCCGAGACCAGCGCCAAUAACAUCCUCGUUCGCCGCACACGUCGCCUGCGCAAGCUCACUGGUAACGACAAGCUUAUCUGCGAGCCCGAGCUCAUGGCCGAGCAGAUGACACCAAGGGAUAUCGCAUUGAUGUCCCUUGUCCGACCCUUCACCCUCAAUUUUACCGAACCCAUGGUCUUCUUCCUCAAUCUGUACAUCGCCCUCAUCUACGGAUUAUUGUACGUCUGGUUCGAAUCCUUCGUCAUCGUCUUCGUCGACAUUUACGGCUUCGGUUUGGGCGAGGAAGGUCUUGCGUAUCUGGGAAUUCUGAUCGGUUCCUUCAUCUCGAUCCCCCCCUUCUUCGCCUACCUCUACUUCUAUCUGGAGAAGAAAUUCGACGACAAAGGCAACCUCAAACCCGAGCUCCGCCUCCCGCCGUGCUUCGUCGGCGCCUUCUGCAUCCCGAUCUGCCUGUUCUGGUUCGGCUGGAGCUCGCGCCCCGACGUCCCCUGGAUCGUGCCCAUCAUCGGCAGUGCCCUCUUCUCCAUCGGCGCCUUCCUGCUCUUCCAGUGCAUCCUGAACUACCUCCCGGACGCGUACCCGGAGUAUGCGGCCUCCGUGCUCGCGGGCAACGACCUCUUCCGAUCCGCUUUCGGCGCGGGCUUCCCGCUCUUCGCCAACGCCAUGUACGCGGAUCUCGGUGUGGAUUGGGCGAGUAGCACGCUCGCUUUCAUCAGCAUUGCCUUUAUUCCCAUUCCGUUCGUGCUGUAUAAGGUGAGUCGUUCUUCUUCUUGCUUUCCUGCACGCACUUUGGUCUUGCUUCAUGUCGACUGACGCCUGUUCUGUAGUACGGUACUACACUGCGAGUGAAAUACUCCAAGCACGCCCGGAAGGACGAAUAA